AUGGAAGGGCCCCUCUCCUCUCUCUGAACAUUUGCCUCUUUUUCCCCCCCUUCCCUUUUCCUCCACCUCUCCAGAAAGGAAGACGGGGGGAAAGGGCAGGCGGCUCUACUCUCCAAGCGCGUUCUCUCUUCCGCCGCCGGGUCCCCUUCGGCUGGAGAGAUGGGUCUGCUCCAGGUGUUGGCUUUCGGUUUCUUAGCCCUGUGCCAAGCCCAGGUGCGCGCUCAAGAACCUGAGUUCAGCUACGGCUGUGCAGAGGGCAGCUGCUACCCGGCCACAGGCGACCUUCUGAUCGGCCGAGCGCAGAAGCUCUCUGUGACCUCAACAUGCGGGCUGCACAAGCCUGAGCCCUACUGCAUCGUCAGCCACCUCCAGGAGGAUAAAAAAUGCUUCAUAUGCAAUUCCCAAGAUCCGUAUCAUGAGACCCUCAAUCCUGAUAGUCAUCUCAUUGAAAAUGUGGUCACUACCUUUGCUCCAAACCGCCUAAAGAUUUGGUGGCAAUCAGAAAAUGGUGUGGAAAAUGUGACAAUACAACUAGAUUUGGAAGCAGAAUUCCAUUUUACCCACCUCAUAAUGACUUUCAAGACAUUCCGCCCAGCUGCCAUGCUCAUUGAGCGCUCGUCCGACUUCGGGAAGACCUGGGGCGUGUACCGAUACUUCGCCUAUGACUGUGAGAGCUCCUUUCCAGGCGUGUCAACUGGCCCCAUGCAACGAGUUGAUGAUGUCAUCUGUGACUCCCGAUACUCUGACAUUGAACCCUCAACGGAAGGAGAGGUGAUAUUUCGGGCGUUAGAUCCUGCCUUCAGAAUAGAAGAUCCUUACAGUCCAAGAAUACAGAAUCUGUUAAAAAUCACCAACUUGAGGAUCAAGUUUGUCAAACUGCAUACUUUGGGAGACAACCUGUUGGACUCCCGAAUGGAGAUCAGGGAGAAGUACUACUACGCUGUGUAUGACAUGGUGGUGCGAGGAAAUUGCUUCUGCUAUGGCCACGCCAGCGAAUGCGCCCCUGUGGAUGGAUUAAGUGAAGAGGUGGAAGGGAUGGUCCACGGACACUGCAUGUGCAGACACAACACCAAAGGCUUGAACUGCGAGCUCUGCAUGGAUUUCUACCAUGACUUACCAUGGAGACCUGCUGAAGGUCGAAAUAGCAAUGCCUGUAAAAAGUGUAACUGCAAUGAACACUCCGGCUCGUGCCACUUUGACAUGGCUGUGUACUUGGCAACUGGAAACGUCAGUGGAGGCGUGUGUGACGACUGUCAGCACAACACGAUGGGGCGCAGCUGUGAGCAGUGCAAGCCCUUCUACUACCAGCACCCCGAGAGAGACAUCCGCGACCCCAACAUCUGUGAACGGUGUACCUGUGACCCCGCUGGUUCCCAGAAUGAGGGCAUUUGUGACAGUUACACGGAUUUUUCUGUUGGUCUCAUUGCUGGCCAGUGUCGGUGUAAAUUAUAUGUGGAAGGAGAACAUUGUGAUAUUUGUAAAGAAGGCUUCUAUGGCAUAAGUGCUGAAGAUCCAUUUGGUUGUAAAUCUUGUGCUUGCAAUCCUCUGGGGACAGUUCCUGGAGGGAAUCCUUGUGACUCUGAGACCGGUUACUGCUACUGUAAGCGUCUGGUGACAGGCCAGCGUUGUGACCAGUGUCUGCAAGAGCAUUGGGGUUUAAGUAAUGAUUUGGAUGGAUGUCGACCCUGUGACUGUGACCUUGGAGGAGCAUUAAACAACAACUGCUCUGCAGAGUCUGGCCAGUGCUCCUGCCGACCCCACAUGAUUGGACGUCAGUGCAACGAAAUGGAAUCUGGUUAUUAUUUUACCACCUUGGAUCAUUACCUCUAUGAAGCAGAAGAAGCCAACUUUGGGCCUGGAGUCAGCAUAGUGGAGCGACAGUACAUCCAGGAUCGGACUCCUUCUUGGACUGGAGCAGGCUUCGUCCGAGUUCCUGAAGGGGCUUACCUUGAGUUUUUCAUUGAUAACAUCCCAUAUUCCAUGGAGUAUGACAUCCUAAUUCGCUAUGAGCCACAGUUGCCUGACCACUGGGAAAAAGCGGUCAUCACAGUGCAGCGACCUGGGAAGAUCCCAGCCAGCAGCCGCUGUGGGAACACGGUGCCUGACGACGACAACCAGGUGGUGUCUCUGUCACCAGGCUCCAGAUAUGUUGUCCUGCCACACCCCGUGUGCUUUGAGAAGGGUGUGAAUUACACAGUGAGGUUGGAGCUGCCCCAGUACAGCUCCUCGGACAUUGACAUGGACAGUCCCUACACGCUCAUCGAUUCUCUUGUUCUCAUGCCGUACUGUAAGUCUCUGGACAUCUUCACUGUUGGAGGGACAGGAGACGGGCCAGUCACAAACAGUGCCUGGGAAACCUUUCAGAGAUAUCGUUGUUUGGAAAACAGCAGAAGUGUUGUGAAAACUCCCAUGACAGAUGUCUGCAGGAACAUUAUCUUCAGUAUUUCUGCACUGUUACACCAGACAGGCCUGGCUUGUGAAUGUGACCCUCAGGGUUCAUUGAGUUCUGUCUGUGACCCCAACGGAGGCCAGUGUCAGUGCCGGCCCAACGUGGUAGGAAGAACCUGCGACAGAUGUGCUCCGGGCACCUUUGGCUUCGGGCCCAGUGGAUGCAAAUCUUGCGAGUGCAAUCCACAGGGAUCCGUCAAUGCCUUCUGCGAUCCCAUCACCGGCCAGUGCCACUGCUUCCAGGGCGUUUACACUCGGCAGUGUGACCGCUGCCUACCCGGAUACUGGGGUUUUCCAAGUUGUCAGCCUUGCCAGUGCAAUGGCCACGCUGAAGACUGCGACUUGGUCACAGGGGAGUGCUUGAGAUGCCAGGACUACACCACAGGCCAUAACUGUGAAAGGUGCAUGGCCGGUUACUAUGGUGACCCCAUCAUUGGGUCAGGUGAUCACUGCCGUCCCUGCCCUUGCCCAGAUGGUCCCGAAAGUGGACGCCAGUUUGCCAGUAGCUGCUAUCAGGAUCCGGUUACUUUACAACUUGCGUGUGUCUGCAACCCUGGAUAUGUUGGUUCCAGAUGUGAGGACUGUGCCUCGGGUUUCUUUGGCAACCCCUCUGAUGUCGGCGGGACCUGUCAGCCUUGCCAGUGUAACCAGAACAUUGACACGACGGACCCGGAAGCCUGUGACAAGGAGUCCGGCAGGUGCCUUAAGUGCCUCUACCACACGGAAGGACAGCAUUGCGAGCUGUGCCGCUCGGGCUACUACGGGGACGCGCUCCAGCAGGACUGUAAAAAGUGUGUCUGCAAUUACCUGGGCACCGUGCAGGCGCACUGCAAUGGCUCCGACUGCCAGUGCGACAAAGCCACUGGCCAGUGCUUAUGCCUCCCGAAUGUCAUCGGGCAGAACUGUGACCACUGUGCGCCCAAUACCUGGCAGCUGGCCAGUGGGACAGGGUGUGAGCCGUGCGACUGCGACACUGCCCAUUCCUUCGGGCCAUCCUGUAACGAGUUCACAGGGCAGUGCCAGUGCAUGCCUGGGUUUGGAGGCCGCACCUGCAGCGAGUGCCAGGAGCUCUUCUGGGGAGACCCCGAUGUGGAAUGCCGAGCCUGUGACUGUGACCCCCGAGGCAUUGAGACCUCACAGUGUGACCAGACUACGGGCCAGUGCAUCUGCGUGGAGGGAGUUGAGGGCCCACGCUGUGACAAGUGUACCCGAGGGUACUCAGGGGUCUUCCCCGACUGCACGCCCUGCCACCAGUGCUUUGCCCUCUGGGAUGUGAUCAUCGCCGAGUUGACCAACAAGACCCACAGGUUCCUGGAGAAAGCCAAGGCCUUGAAGCUCAGCGGUGUGAUCGGGCCUUACCAGGAGACCGUGGACUCGGUGGAGAAGAAAGUCAAUGAGAUAAAGGACAUCCUCGCGCAGAGCCCAGCGGCAGAGCCGCUAAAAAACAUCGGGAGUCUCUUUGAAGAGGCCGAGAAGUUAACCAGAGAGGUCACAGAGAGGAUGGCUCAGGUGGGAGUAGAGUUGUCUGACAUCAAUGCCCAGAGCAACAGCACAGCCGAGAAACUGGACCCCAUGCAGGCGGAAGCGGAAAAGCUGGACAGCACAGUGAAGGAGCUCGCGGAGCAACUGGAAUUUAUCAAAAACUCGGAUGUUCGGGGCGCCUUGGAUAGCAUCACCAAGUAUUUCCAGAUGUCUCUGGAGGCAGAGGAGCGGGUGAACGCCUCCACCAUAGACCCCAACAGUCCAGUGGAGCAGUCGGCCCUCACUCGAGACAAAGUAGAAGACUUGAUGCUGGAGCGAGGGUCCCAGUUCAAGGAAAAGCAGGAGGAGCAGUCGCGUCUCCUCGAUGAACUGGCGGGCAAAGUGCAGAGUCUGGACCUUUCCACUGCUGCUGAGAUGACCUGUGGAACACCUCCAGGGGCCUCCUGCUCGGAGACUGAGUGUGGUGGGCCGAACUGCAGAACGGACGAGGGACAGAAGAAGUGCGGGGGGCCUGGCUGUGGGGGCCUGGUCACUGUUGCACACAACGCCUGGCAGAAAGCCAUGGACUUUGACCGAGAUGUUCUGAGCGCCCUGGCCGAGGUGGAACAGCUCUCUAAGAUGGUCUCUGAAGCCAAACUGAGAGCAGAUGAAGCAAAGCAGAAUGCUCAGGAGGUUCUGCUGAAAACAAACGCUACCAAAGAGAAGGUGGACAAGAGCAAUGAGGACCUGCGGAAUCUGAUCAAGCAAAUCAGAAACUUCCUGACCCAGGACAGUGCUGACUUGGACAGCAUCGAAGCAGUUGCUAACGAAGUGUUGAAAAUGGAAAUGCCCAGCACCCCAGAACAGUUACAGAACCUGACGGACGACAUCCGGGAACGAGUUGAAAGCCUUUCUCAAGUAGAAGUUAUUCUACAACAAAGUGCCGCUGACAUUGCCAGAGCGGAAAGUUUGUUAGAAGAAGCUAAAAGAGCCAGCAAAGGUGCAACAGACGUUAAAGUCACAGCAGACAGAGUCAAGGAAGCCCUGGAAGAAGCUGAAAAGGCCCAGAUUGCAGCCGAGAAGGCAAUCAAACAGGCAGAUGAAGACAUCCAAGGAACACAGAACCUGCUGACCUCGAUCGAGUCUGAAACUGCAGCCUCCAAAGAAACCUUGGAUAACGCCUCUCAGCGCAUCAGUGAGCUACAGAAGAAUGUGGAUGAACUUAAGGACAAGGCCGCCCAGAACGCUAGGGAGGCUGAUUAUAUUGAAAAAGCUGUACACGAUGUGAAACAAAACGCAGAUGAUGCGAAGAACACUCUGCAGCGUGAAGUGGAUGAAAAGUAUAAGCAAGCAGAAAAUGAAAUUGCCAAGAAGACCGAAGAGUCAGCUGAUGCCAGAAGGAAAGCCGAAAUGCUACAAAAUGAAGCAAAAACACUUUUGGCUCAAGCAAACAGUAAACUGCAGCUGCUGAAAGAUUUAGAAAAAAAGUAUGAAGACAAUCAAAAAUAUUUAGAAGAUAAAGCUCAAGAAUUAGUGAGACUCGAAGGAGAAGUCCGCUCACUCUUAAAUGACAUAAGCCAGAAAGUUGCUGUUUACAGCACCUGUUUGUAA